CUCCCGCUCAGGGCUCAGCCGCUCAGGCCUCAGGUUCAUCUCCUCCCUCUGUUUCUUAAACCUUUCCCUUCUGUCGGACUCUCGUCUCUCCUCCCUUGCUCUUCCUUCCCUGGCGGCGAUGACUGGGCGAGCGGCGGCGCCAUUUGUCCUGUCUUCGCCCAGCCCUUUGCCGGCGACGAGCGCAUCCUCCAGCCGCCAACCUGAGGUUCUGUGGGCUCAGCGCUCUGAGAAGAUUUACUUGACUAUCUCAUUGCCAGAUGCAAAAGAUGUUGAGCUGAAGACUGAACCUAAGGGCCUCUUUACUUUCUCAGCUGUUGCCCAUGGGGAACCUUUUAGCUUCACUUUGGAGCUCUUUGAUUCCGUACUGCCAGAGGGAAGUAAAACAAAGACAAAGAUGGGCUUGCGAAACAUAAUCUGUUCAAUCCAGAAGGAAAAGAAAGGUUGGUGGAAGCGCUUGUUGAAGUCAGAGGAAAAGCAUCCAUACAUCAAAGUUGACUGGAACAAAUGGUGCGAUGAGGAUGAAGAGUCUGCCUCGGGGGAUUCAGAUGAUGACUUUGAUGGGGCCAAUGAAGGAGAUGAAAGUGAUGAUGAUGAUGGGAUGCUAUGUGAGUGCCCAUCUUGUACUAAAAGUCCUCUCUCUCUGUCCCUCACUUCUUGAUAGAGUACAGAGGUUUAUUAAUGUGAACAAGUUUUUCCUUGAUGGAACCUACCCACUAGGCUCUAGAUGUAAACUGCACGUUUCACUCAUGACAUACAGAAGCUCACUUGAAUUUUGUUUGGAUACAGACCUUUUUCAGAGUCGCCAGUUUUCUUUUUAUUCAUUCCAUUAUCUUUCAUCUUAUGCAUGGUAGCCAGGCAAUAUUCGUUUUCAUUGUCCGCGUGCACUUCAGAGUUAGAAGAUAUUCAAACAUUAUUUGCGUGAAUUACACAACGACUCUAAUACCUGCCCAGUAAACAAACUAGCAAUCAUUCAU